CUUUCCACCAUCUUCCAUACUUAAAAAAACCCAAACAUGAUCAUGAUCAUGAUGAUGACGAUGACGACAGACGUCGAAAGCGUCUGGCUCUUCGCCCUCGCUUCCAAUUUCAAAUACUUCACUCCUCUAAACACCAUCAUCUUCGCAUUUCUCUUCCUUCUUUCAUGGCUCUUCCUCAACCUAUUCUUCUGGGCUCACCCCGGCGGCCCAUCUUGGGGCAGGCACAACUGGGGCAACCUCUUUUCCACUUACCGCCCCAUUCCCGGCCCUAAAGGACUUCCAAUCAUCGGUAGUAUCAAUCUUAUGUCGGGCUUAGCCCACUCCAAAUUAGCUGCCGCUGCUCAUGCCUGCCAAGCCAAACGCCUCAUGGCUUUCAGCCUCGGAGAGACGCGCGCCGUCGUUACUUGCAACCCUGACGUCGCUAAAGAUAUUCUCAACAGCUCCGCAUUCGUCGACCGUCCCGCCAAAGAAUCUGCUUACAACUUGAUGUUCAACCGCGCCAUUGGUUUUGCGCCCUACGGUGUCUACUGGAAUACACUCCGUAAAAUCGCUGCAACACACCUCUUUUGCCCAAAGCAAAUUAAAGCUUCGGAACGUCAACGGAUGGAAAUAGCAAACCAGGUGGUGUCUAUAUUUCAUUCAAGCAAACGCAGUGAUAUUCGGGUUAGGGACGCAUUAAAACUCGCUUCGCUUAACAACAUGAUGUGCUCUAUAUUUGGACGCAAGUACGACCUGGAUAAUUCCGCCAACUCCGACACGGCAGAGUUAGAAGAUUUGGUUGAACAAGGAUACAAUUUAUUAGGCGAGUUGAACUGGUCUGAUCACUUCUCCUUCUUGGCUGAUUUCGACAUACAAAAGAUUCGACUCAGGUGCUCCCAGCUCGUGCCGCGGGUCAAUAGAUUUGUCGGCAGAAUAAUCGCUGAGCACAAGGCGAAACCGGGCGAGAUGAACCGUGAUUUUGUGGAUGUUUUGCUGUCUCUUCAGGGAGCUGAUAGAUUGUCGGAUUCAGACAUGAUCUCCGUUCUUUGGGAAAUGAUAUUUCGGGGCACAGACGCAGUGGCAGUUCUGAUUGAGUGGAUACUUGCGAGAUUAGUGUUGCAUCCUGAUGUCCAGUCCAAGGUUCAUGAUGAGCUGGACAAGGUUGUAGGGAGGUCACGUCCGGUAACAGAGUCUGAUAUAACGGAGAUGGUCUACUUACCGGCGGUUGUUAAAGAAGUCUUAAGAUUGCAUCCUCCAGGCCCACUUCUUUCCUGGUCCCGUUUGUCAAUAAGGGAUUCCGUGGUGGAGGGGUACCAUGUGCCUGCUGGAACAACUGCCAUGGUAAAUAUGUGGGCAAUUACCAGAGAUCCGGAUGUCUGGUCAGAUCCGCUUGAGUUUAAGCCUGAGAGAUUUCUGGGCCAAGGCCCAAUCCUAGAUCAUGAUUUCUCUGUGUUAGGAUCGGACUUGAGGCUGGCACCAUUCGGGUCAGGGCGCAGGUCAUGUCCUGGUAAAACAUUGGGCAUGACCACUGUGAACUAUUGGGUGGGGAGGCUUUUGCAUGAAUUUGAGUUUGUGAGUGGUUAUAAAAGUUUGGACAUGUCUGAAGUGCUGAGGCUGUCUUGUGAAAUGGUUAACCCACUGGUGGUCAGGGUCCUUCCAAGGCGUUGUGUCUCAAAUUCAUAGUAUCGUACGGGAAAGAACAGAAGCGAGAAAAUUAAGGGAAGCAGUUGGUGGCGAUGUGGCCGGUCUGUCUUUCUUUCUUUCUUUCUUUACAAAGUGGAGUGUGAGAGUUGGUGCAUGAGAUUUUUCCUUGACAGGCUGAGUUUCGUGCAAAGAUGUUACAUUAAAUGUUGCAGAAAUCAAAUUGUUGUAGUUUGUCUUAUAGUACAUUACAGUUUUAUGAAUAGUUUAGCUUUGGUUUUGA